UCUCAAGCCAUACGUCCCCAAAUCGUCCAAUUCGAGGCGACCGCUUGCGCAGCCAUGCCCACCCAACCGCCCCUCCCACCCCUCCUUGCGCCCUACGUAUCCGCCCUCCCGCAAUCCUCCCUCACGCUCCUGUCCUCGGUCCUAGGCGCGACGGGGAAUUGGCUGAUUUUGCGAUACCUCUAUUCGGCACUGGGCGCGCCGGUCGGCGACGCGGCUUUUGGGCUCCAUGGGAGUGAAGGUGGGAGGAAGAGGAAGGUUGUGUUAGUGAGCUUUCUGCGGGGGUGGGAAUUUUGGAGGUCUGAGGCGAAGAGAUUGGGCCUCGAUCUCGCGCGCCUCACCGAUAAGCGCCAAUUUGCCUUCGUCGACGGCCUUUCCGAGCUCUUCUACACGCCCACUCCCUCCUCCCAAACCACCACAUCAACAACCCCUGGACCUGCGCCCUCUCGAACCGUCCUCCCUGUGCGCUCUCAACCGGGCCCGGUGCCCGCACGAGGCGGCCCACAACCCGCGCCCGCACGACCUACUCCGGCCAACCCCCACCAACAAGUACAACAGCAGCCGAGAGGAGCCGGUCCCGUAAAGCGACUGCAUCUCACCGGGACAGGCGUACAAGCCCUCGACGCGCUCGAGAAUGACAUCUCUACUGUGAUCAAGCAGCUAAAGACGCCAGUAACACCUGGCCACGAAGGAGAAGAAGAACCGGAGAUCCUGCUCAUCGUGGACCAGCCGGAUUUGUUACUCGCCGCUACGGGGCCCGCGAAGGGCAUCGGCGCUACGGAGAUGGGGGAGUGGAUUAUGGGGUUACAGCAGAACGUUCACGCAACAGUACUAGCCUUAUCCGCCGACUCGCCCUUAAUCCACAAUGCAGCAGAAUCGGCACAUCAACCUUCUACACCGUUGGAGAUGGAAAGUGCCGCGUUCGCGAUUGGCUCGGCCCACCGCGCGCAGAUGGUCCUGCAGCUGCGGACCCUUGAGACCGGGGCGGCGCGAGAUGUCAGUGGUGUGCUGCGGGUUAGUAAAGGGGGUGCUUGGGGGCAGGUUGAUGCGGGGGCGGAAGAUAAGUGGGAAGAGCGCGAGGUGUUGUAUUUUGUGCAGAGGGAUGGGGGAGUCUGUGUUUUUGGGAGAGGUGAGUGAGAGGACUCUCAAGCGUUGAUAUCAAUGGAUUUGGACUUGGUGGGUUUUUUUUUUUGGUUGGCGUCAUAGGGCGUUGUAUAGAUACAGGUAUAUAUAGCAUGGGCAUGGGAGGUGGAUCUUGGUUCGAUAAAGACAAACCGUUUUCCAUUGAAUAGCAUGAGUAGCAUGAGAUCAUCGCAGGGCAGCAGAUCUCGUACGGGAGAGGGUUAUACUUCAGGUAAGACAGAUCACA